AUGUAUAUUGUUGUGCAGAUGAAAGCCCUCGUGCUAGUGACCCUAGCGGCCACUGCCGUGCGGGGCCAGUCGGAUUUCACAGACCAGGCGACCAAGCAGUUCCUGGGCAUGCUGUUCGCACCGUUCGGCUCCAAGCCGAGCGCCACCGCUGCCGCAUCGGCGCCACUUUAUGAGGCUGCUUCGCGGCCGUUGAGAAGUUCGGCGCACCACGACGAGCCCGAGUACGGCAGGCCAACCUACAGUCUGACACCGCCCCGUUCGUACAGGCGGCCGGAGUCGCCUUACCGGGCUCCAGUCAGCAGCUACCCACGAAGUAAGUCACGCUCAGGGCCCUGGAUCUCACCACCUGAAGAGCACUGGGUACCUCCACCCAGUCACUGGGAGCCACAACCGUGGAACCCACCAAAACCAAAGCACGGUGCUGUGACCAUCAAGAUCCGGCCUGCUGCGCCUGAGGAAGAUCACCACCACCAUCACUCAUGGGAAGACCACAGCCACGACCACAGUCACGACCACGGCCAUGGUCACGGCUGGCACAUCAAAAAGAAACCACACUACAAGACAGUUGAUGCGAAGAUACGCAUCCCACCAGUAAAAUUUCGCCUGCAUGUGAGCCCCAAGAUACGCAUUGUGAGUGGCACGAAGGACCCGCUAGAAAGGCCACCACCACCUGAACCCGAGGAGCACUUCCCUUGGGAGAAACCUAGCACUGGUUGGGAGAAGCCCACAUGGAAGCCGCCUUCGGGAUGGGAGAAAUACGCAAGCAGUGGAUGGGAAAAGCCGCACUCCGCAGGCUGGGACAGACCCCACUCGAGUGGUUGGGACAAACACCAUUCCAGCGGCUGGGAAAAACAUCCCUCUAGUGGCUGGGAGAAGCAUCCCUCCAGUGGUUGGGAUAGACACCCAUCCAGUGGUUGGGAGAAACCUACACGUGGCUGGGAGCGCCCACCAUCCGGAGGCUGGGAACGAUCAUCACAGUCGGGGGGCUGGGAGAAGCCAGCGGCUAGUGGCUGGGAACACUACAGCUCUAGUGGCAGCUGGCAGUCACCAUCAGGCGGCUGGAAACCGGACACAAGCGCUUGGGACAAAUUCGCAACAGGCUGGGAUGACUCGCACCACAAGCACUUCAAGCCCCAUCACAGGCAUUACCCUCCAGACUACCCACGCUAUGACCCCAAAUUUCGCAUCAAGGUUCAUCCCCAUAUUGUAACUGACCCUCCACCAUCAACGACUACUACUACUACAGAAGCUCCAACAUCCUCUAGCCUACGUAACGAACCCCCCAAACCUGAGGAGCGUGCAGACAGAGUGGAUACAACAACUGCCAUCAUCACCACAACAACAGAAUCAACCACAGCUGCAACAACAGAGUCAACCACAACGGAGAUGAUCACGACUACCAAUGAGCCCAUCACCACCACUACAGAGUCCACUACUAUGACAGAACCCACGACAAGCACCACAACUGUGGAACCAACAACGUACAGUGAAAAAACAGUGCCUCCAACACCCCCUACAACUACUUUCUACACUGUGGACCCCUCAGUGGACCUCACCACCCCUGGUGGCCUCGAAAGAGAAGCACCCACAUCAGGGUCACCUACAGAAAAGAGCACGUUAAGCCCUGAUGAGAUUACCAUGAAUCCUUCCACGUAUCGCACUGAUGAAACAACCACAUCAAUGACAACAGCAGAGACGACUGCAAUGAGCACUUCCUACACAGAACCUUAUGAAGAACGUGACGGUGCGACUCCUGAAAUUCUUCCAGAAAAAAGGUCACGAGACCCAUCCACAACAGAAGCUAGCAAUGAGGACUACCCCGAGAACAAAAAUGGUCAAGAAAAACCAACUGAUCCAAGGUUUCACACUAUUGAUGAUGAGAGAGCAUACAAAAGGGACCAUGGCAACAAGGCUGAGACCACAACAGUAGAUGAAACCAGUUCAGAAGUUGCAAGCACUACACCAACAGCUACACAAACGACACCAGUAGAAUCUGAUGAACAUAACGAAGUCACCAUUAAGAAGCCAGAGAGCAGCGCAAAGCCAAGCAAGGUUGACAGGGACCUGCCACUUAUAGCUGAUCCAUCCAGCCCUGAGGAAGUAUCAGCUACUGGUUUGAAUGCAUGACUAGUGUCGAUGUUGGUGGGCGAUGGAGAAGCAAGCCACUGGCACACGGUGCUGGGUUCAGUGGCGAGAGCAGUCAAUGAGUACAAGAACUACUACUGAGCAUUGCACCAUAAGUUUCUUAAUGUCCCCAGUGAGAGAAUACAAAAAUGAGGGGACAGAAAUGCCAUACACAUGCUCACGGUGCAAAUUCAGGCUGCCAGCUUUUCGUGCACAUCCCCACCAACAUCGGAAGUACACUCUCUGAUGAAAAAAUUUGCCUCUGUGCAAAGGACCCACUCAGACAUUAGUCAAGACAUACAUUGACUUGUUGGUCUACUGUUCACUCUCUUGCCGCAGCUGACGGUGGACAUGUUUUAUUACCACUUUGUUGUAAAUAGACAUUCAGCAUUACUGAACUCACAAGGAGUUUUGAAUUAGUUUUAUCAUUCCAGUGUGCCUUUGGAACAGGUUGCGGAGCCCUACUUACUCAAAACGUACUGCCAUAUCAGAAAUGGAGCACUGCUGAAAGCUGAGAAGACUGAAUGGUUUUAUGGCUCAACGAGUGUGAGUGUGGGUGUGUGUGCAUGGUGGUGGGCAAGAGAACAGUGAAAUUGGUGCUUUUGCACAUAGUUUCGACACUGCUAAUAAAUUACUUCUACAAACAUG